AUGUAUAAUACACAAUGUGCACUUGAACUAGAUGAUGUAACGGGUUACUUUUGUCACCUUCGUUUAAUCGGUCGACCAUCACAUGGAUUAAGCAGUGAUAUCAUUCAAUUGAAAAAUGGGAGUACAGUUGAUGAAAAUUGGACAUCUUCGAAUAAUCUUUCUACAAAUAUACGUGAAGCUGUCCGUGUCCCAGCGGGACUUGUUAUUAGUCUACAGGAUUGUGAAAAAUGCCGUUCUAAUAGGUCACGUGACAGUGAUCCUCAAAAUCAGGACCAAUUACGUAUGAUUGAAUCGUUAAAUAACAAAUCUGAUUUCGUACUACCUUCUAGUAAACAAUCAUCUUGA